AUGAACAAUUAUGACUUAACAACUAGAAAAACGAAGCAAUGUUCACUGGAGGGACUAGUGACGACGGCUAAUAACAACAAUAAAAAGUGGCACACGGUAGAUGGCAAUGGGUGCGAGCGCUGUCACGACGUGAGCCCCAUGGAUGAAGCUGUGCUACCCGGGAUGUCGUCUGUCCAGACCGGACUGGAUGCGCUGGACGACAGGGGCGGGCUCCGGCUCCUGGAGGACCUCGACUGCUCGCCGUCGGGCGACGUUAACGGUGAUGGUCCGCUGUUCGAGAGACGGAAACGGUCGCGCUCCAACAGUUCCAGGCACCACUUCGGGGACGUGGUGGCCGAGCUGGGUCCCGAGGAGGUGCGCUGGUUCUAUAAGGAGGACAAGAAAACGUGGAAACCCUUCGUGGGACACGACUCGCUUAACAUUGAGCUCAUGUAUCGCAAGUUCUGCGAGUUCAAACCUGGUACGGCGAGCCCCAAGGUGGAAGACCAGGCAGUCAAUGGAGAACUGUCGAUGGAGACCCGGACCAUUGGCGUGGGAGGGGACAAGGCGUCUUUGGACACAACCACGCCAUCCACGACCACUGAUGAGAGAGACCCUGACGGCAUAGACGUCCGAGUGGAGCCAGUGUGUGUGCGGGGGGGACUUUAUGAGGUGGACGUUAUAGACAGGGGAUGCUACCCUGUUUACUGGAAGCAGCAAGACCACAUCCCGGUGCUGCGUGGCCAGUGGUUCAUCGACGGCACGUGGUUGCCCUUAGAGGAGGACGAGAGCGACCUCAUUGAAAGUGAGCACCUUAGCCACUUUCGUGGGCAGCAGAAGCAGGACACAUUCGACGCCAGCGACAUGGUUGUCAAGACCGUCGACAGCAAAGAUGCCAUCCACAGCCUAAAGCUGAGUCGGACUCAUGUAGACUGGCACAGUGUGGAUGAGGUCUACCUCUACAGUGACGCCACCACGUCUAAAAUAGCUCGCACUGUGACACAGAAACUGGGCUUCUCCAAAGCCUCUAGUAGUGGAACCCGGCUGCACCGUGGCUACGUGGAAGAAGCAUCUCCGGAAGACAGACCACCACAGACCACGCAUAUAGUCUUUGUGGUGCACGGAAUCGGGCAGAAGAUGGACCAGGGACGCAUUAUUAAAAACACGGGAAUGUUGAGGGAAGGUGUAAGGAAGAUGGAGGAGAAGCACUUUUCAGAGCACAAUGAUGAGCAUGUGGAGUUCCUUCCUGUAGAGUGGCGCUCCAAACUGGCGCUGGAUGGAGAUACAGUGGACUCCAUUACACCAGACAAAUUGAGGGGCCUGAGAGACCUUCUCAAUAGCAGUGCCAUGGACAUCAUGUACUACAACAGUCCCCUUUAUCGUGAUGAAAUUACUAAGGGACUGACACAGGAGCUGAACAGACUUUAUAGUCUGUUCUGCUCGCGCAACCCUGAAUUUGAGGAGAGGCAGGGCAAAGUGUCCAUUGUGUCACAUUCGCUGGGCUGCGUGAUCACGUAUGACAUCAUGACGGGCUGGGAUCCCGUACGCUUCUGCCUUCAGGAGCACCACGCUGUGGAGGAGGAGCUACAAAUGCACUGGACGUCGUACGAGGAAAGACACCUGUUGGAGCAAUUGCGCCACACCAGGAACAGAUUACGAGAGCUGGAGAAUCAACUUUUAACACUGGAAGCCUCCAAACCAUCAGCGCCUCCUGCACUUAAAUUUAAGGUGGAAAACUUCUUCUGCAUGGGUUCUCCUUUGGCAGUGUUCCUGGCACUGAGGGGCAUCCGCCCCGGCACCAGUUGCCAUCAGGACCACAUCCUUCCCACAUCUAUCUGCAGCCGCCUUUUCAACGUCUUCCACCCAACAGACCCUGUGGCCUACAGACUAGAGCCCCUCAUCCUCAAACACUACAACAACGUUGCACCGGUGCAAAUACACUGGUGUAGUGCCACCAACCCGGCACCUUAUGACGAGGUGCGACCCACUUUCCUCAACCUCGCUAAGGAGCCAACAUCCGACACGGAGAGCAUCCCUAGUCCAAGCACUUCACCUGUACUCCCCAGGAGACACUAUGGAGAGUCCAUCACCAAUUUGGGCAAGGCCAGCAUCCUGGGAGCAGCGAGUAUUGGGAAAGGCAUUGGUGGCAUCCUCUUCUCCCGCUUCUCGCGUUCCAACAGCCAGCCCUCGGUCUCCUUGGGACUGGAGGGUGGGUCCAACACCGACGAAGAUGAGCAGCAGAAGCGCACCGAGAGCCAGUCGGCGUACGGCCUCUCCACCAUGACUCGGCCUACUUCACCCACUGCAGAUGUGUCAUUGGAGCUGGAACGUCGCAUUGACUUCGAGCUGCGCGAGGGCUUGGUGGAAAGUCGCUACUGGUCAGCCGUCACGUCGCACACGGGCUACUGGUGCUCACAUGACAUCGCCCUCUUCCUACUUACUUUCAUAUAUGAGCACAGGAAGACCAGCUCAGACCCUGGAGGAGACACCGCUGAACCUGACUGA